AUGAUAUUCCAUUCCCAUGUUCUCAGCCAACACCCUUUCAAAUUCAAACUCCCCUCAUUAAAAAUACUCACCAAAAACACCCAUUUUUCUUCACUCUUUUCCCCUUCUCUUAAAAGUUUCAAUCACCCAAACCUUCUCCAACUGUGCACCCUUUGCAACACCCUUUCCCAAACCAAGCAAGCCCACGCCUUUGCCAUCCUCCAUGGCUUCCUUCCCCGCAGUGUAUCCAUUUGUGCCUCUCUCAUUCUCCAAUAUGCCUCCUUUGGGCACCCGACAUCUUCCCUUAUUCUCUUCCAACACAGCGUUGCGUAUUCCGGUAGUGCUUUCUUGUGGAACACCGUUAUCCGUGCCAACUCCAUUGCUGGUGUAUUUGAUGGAUUUAGCACCUAUAACACCAUGGUUCGUGCUGGUGUUAAGCCUGAUGAGUGCACCUACCCUUUUGUUCUGAAGGGGUGUUCUGAUUUUGUGGAGGUUUAUAAGGGUAGGGAGGUUCAUGGGGUUGUGUUUAAGCAUGGAUUUAAUGGGGAUAUCUUUGUUGGGAAUACCCUUCUGGCCUUUUAUGGGAAUUGUGGGCUUUUUGAUGAUGCAAUGAAGGUGUUUGCUGAAAUGACGGUAAGGGAUAAGGUGUCCUGGAAUACCGUUAUUGGCUUCUGUUCUCUUCAUGGGUUUUACAAGGAGGCGCUCAGGUUUUUUAGGGAGAUGGUUGUGGCCGUACCAGGGAUUCAUCCGGAUUUGGUGACCAUUGUGAGUGUUUUGCCUGUAUGUGCGGAAACUGGGGACGAGGUGAUGACAAGAAUUGUGCAUUCUUAUGCUUUGAAGGUUGGCUUGUUGGGCAAUCUUAAGGUUGGAAAUGCGUUCGUUGAUGUGUACGGAAAGUGUGGAUGUGCGAAGGCUUCCAUGAAAGUUUUUUAUGAAAUUGAUGAGAGGAAUGUGGUUUCCUGGAAUGCUGUUAUUACUAGUUUUUCUUUUAGAGGGAAAUAUAUGGAUGCUUUCAAUGUAUUUAGGCUGAUGAUUGGUGCGGGCGUGACACCGAACUCUGUCACCAUUUCUAGUAUGCUACCUAUAUUAGCAGAAUUAGGACUUUUCAAGUUGGGAAUGGAAGUGCAUGGGUUUAGUUUAAGAAUGGCUAUUGAGUCUGAUGUUUUUAUUGCUAACUCGUUAAUAGAUAUGUAUGCAAAAUCAGGAUUUUCAAGAAUAGCAUCCUCUAUAUUCAAUAAAAUGGUAGGAAGAAACAAUGUAUCUUGGAAUGCUAUGAUUGCAAAUUUCGCCCAGAACAAGCUUGAGUUUGAAGCUGUAGAAUUAGUGAGGCAAAUGCAAGUUAAGGGAGAAGUCCUCAACAAUGUCACCUUCACAAAUGUUCUUCCAGCUUGUGCAAGAUUAGGAUUCCUGAAUGUUGGAAAAGAAAUUCAUGCCAAGAUUGUUCGAGUUGGAUCUGCCUUGGAUUUGUUUGUCUCUAAUGCUCUGACAGACAUGUAUUCAAAAUGUGGAUGCUUAAACCUUGCACGAAAUGUCUUCAAUAUUUCUGUCAGGGAUGAAGUGUCCUACAAUAUACUAAUUAUAGGCUAUUCUCGAACAAAUGACUGCUCAGAGUCUCUAAGUUUGUUUUCAGAAAUGAGACUCUUGGGCAUGGCUCCUGAUAUUGUUUCUUUCAUGGGUGUCAUAUCAGCUUGUGCAAAUCUAGCUUCCAUAAGACAAGGCAAAGAGAUUCAUGGUCUGUUGGUGAGAAAGCUUUUUCACACUCAUCUUUUUGUGUCGAAUUCGCUCUUGGAUUUUUACACCAGGUGUGGACGAAUAGAUCUCGCUACAAAGGUCUUUGACAGUAUUCAAAACAAGGAUGUGGCCUCUUGGAAUACUAUGAUUUUGGGGCACGGUAUGAGGGGUGAGUUGGAUACUGCGAUGAACCUUUUUGAAGCAAUGAAGGAAGAUGGUGUGGACUAUGAUUCAGUUUCAUUUAUUGCUGUUUUAUCUGUGUGUAGCCAUGGAGGGCUGAUUGAGAAAGGGAGGAAAUACUUUAAGAUGAUGAGUGAUCUUAAUAUUGAACCAACACAUACACACUACGCAUGUCUGGUUGAUCUUCUAGGAAGGGCUGGUCUAAUGGAAGAAGCUGCAGACCUUAUCAGAGGCCUCUCCAUUGUACCAGAUACUAAUAUAUGGGGUGCACUUCUUGGGGCAUGCAGGAUACAUGGGAACAUAGAAUUGGGCCACUUGGCAGCUGAACAUUUGUUUAAAUUAAAGCCUCAGCAUUGUGGAUACUAUAUUCUCCUUUCAAAUAUGUAUGCAGAAGCUGAAAGAUGGGAGGAGGCAAACAAGGUUAGGGAGUUGAUGAGGUCAAGGGGAGCUAAGAAAAAUCCUGGUUGCAGUUGGGUUCAAAUUGGAGAUCAGGUGCAUGCAUUUCUUGUUGGUGAGAAAAUUGACAACUUGGAUGAUGACUUUUGGGUAUUAGAUUGUUGUUUACUUCGUUUUGUAAAAGCCUGA